AUAACAUCAAUGAUGUAAAGUUUGUGCAAUGAAAGAAUAGAAGCGCCGCUUGAUUCAACUUUAUGAUAGUAACGUUAUUCAGAGGAAAUUGGAAGUUCCCCGUUGAAAAGAAGUUAUCCUGCUAGUUUAUCGCGGUUCACCACAUUAGGUUGCUGAGGCCAGGAAUUUAUUGGUUUCUACGAUGAAAGUGGCACACUUAUGUUUGUUAUAUAUUUUGUUGACAGCCUGUGUGCUGGUAAACACGUUUGAACUGUUCAUAACGGCGGCUGUCGGUGUGGCUCUCGGGAGGAUGAUCUGGAAUUACUUACAAACUGAAACAUGCGAUCCGAAAUGGACAGCCAUCAAUGCAGCAGGUCUCCAGGCUGACCUGGAAAGCAAUCUGUUCGGACAGCACAUUGCCUCACGCAUCGUCCUGAAAGCUGUGAGUGGAUUCAUGAGCAACGACAACCCGAAAAAGCCUCUGGUGUUGUCUCUGCACGGAUGGACGGGCACAGGGAAGAACUAUGUUAGCAAGCUGAUUGCUGAAAACAUUUAUAAGAAGGGAAUGGACAGCAGCUUUGUUCAUAUUUUCAUCUCUAGUUACCACUUCCCACAUAAAAGUGAAAUUAAGACCUACAAGUCUCAGUUACAGCAGCGAAUCAAAGACAGUGUCACCAACUGUGCACGCUCCAUAUUCAUCUUUGAUGAGAUGGACAAGAUGCAUCCUGGAUUGAUUGACAGCAUAAAGCCGUUCCUGGAGUACCACAACAAUCUGGAUGGAGUUUCUUUUCGUAAGGCCAUCUUCAUCUUCCUUAGCAAUGGUGGAGGAGAGCUCAUCAAACAGACAGCUUUUGACUUCUGGAAAGCACAACGAGGUCGAGAAGAGAUUGAGCUGAAAGACCUGGAAACAUCUAUCUCUGAAUCUGCAUUUAAAAAUGGUGGCUUGUGGAAUUCAGAUUUAAUUUACAAGAACCUGGUGGACUUCUUUGUCCCGUUUCUGCCUCUGGAGAAACGGCACGUUAUCCAGUGUAUCAAGGCCGCGAUGAGAGCCAGAGGAUGUCCACCAGACCAGAAUGUGGCCGACAAGAUGGUCGAAGAUUUAGUUUAUGUCCCCAAACCUGAGAGCGUUUUCUCUGCCAAAGGCUGCAAGACAAUAGAGAGCAAAUUGGACUACUACUUCGAAUGUAAGCCUCUGCAGGAUGCACAAGGUUAAUAUUUAUAGUUAAUAUUUAUUUAGGGGGUACUCACACUUGGCAAUCCAUACCUUGCCCGAGCACAUUUAACCCCCACAGUGUGGUUCGUUUAACCAGUGUGAUCACUGUGCUGAACUGUGCCCGGGCCCGCUCGAAGAGGUGGGCUCAAACACGGUUAAGCUGUCCGUGCGAUAUUUACUACCAGCUAUUUGCUUCGACAACCCAGCUGUGAUCUAACAUUAACAUAGCUAUCCUUAUUAGAUAGGCUCAUUUCAUGCUUGCUAUUAACUUUUUUGACAGUGUUGUGUUGGUGAGAUUUGUGCAGCUGUGUUCAUGAGAAAGAGAGAGAGAGAAAGAGAGAGAGAGCGGGAGCUAGCAAGCAAGUGAGACGAAGUGCUGAGUGAAUAUAUAUGCGGCACGUAGCUCUGCAGUCAAAUACAAUUUUAAAUAGGCCUGGUAAAAAAACACACAAAUAAAUCAAUGUAUGGGAAACAAUGGAGUGAUGACUUAAACAUUCUCCAGCUUGGAUCUUUAGGUGCAACGUGAGUGCAGGCCAGCUGGGGGAGUGGUCCGGGGUACAAUUGUUCUCAGGCAUGGGACAAGGCAACCGGGCCUAGUGUGAGUACGCCCUUAGUUAACAAAGAAAAAUGCCCUUGACUGAGGAGAGGAAGGCAAACGAAGCCUUCACACAGUACUUGUAUCUUUGCACAGUACUAGUAAAGGUUUUAGACAGGUGUGGUAAAUUAGGAAUGCUUUCAAAAAAGACAUUAGUAGAUUGUAUUUAUCAAUUAACAAAAUACAAAGUGAGUUAACAGAAGAAAAAUCUAAAUCAAAUCAAUUUUGGUGUGACCACCCAUUUCCUAUUUUGCUAAUGUAUGUAUGCUAAUGAAAUGUGUGUGCCAUAUAUGUCCAGUGCAGGGAUUGGUCGAAGGUUUAUGUGUAUAAGGAGGUUUACUAUCUGAGUCUCUAAGAAUAAUAAAUGAUUGGCUGCUGUGUGAUUCAUAAACGGAAAUAUUGGAUUGCAUCAAACAUUAAUGCAUAAUAUUGUGUCUGUAUGGCAAAUCUAUAAAGAGAAAGAAGUGUAUGAAAGAAGGAGGCCUGCAGAAUCAAGAUGUUGGCCGACUCUUAUUUAUGUGUCUUGUUCUUGAAUCGCAUGUCACUGUUAUCUGGAGCAGAGCGGGACAACGACAGGAUUUGUCACAUUUCUGUUACUUUUAUAUGAUAUUGCACUAACUAGAGAUAACUAGAGAGAGGCUCGACUCGCCUCGACUCGCCUCGCUUUUGUUUGGUUUUUCAUUGUGGAAAAGUUGCACCUGCUUCCGGGUACUUUUUGUCGUAUCACCACCUUCGAGGUUCCAAGCGAGCUGAGGCGAUACUAAUUUGUGAGGUGAAAACACGGCAGACUAUUGAUUGGUCAGAGAGAAUUGUCACAAAUCACUGCGUCAUUAUUGCGUACGCAAGACAGAGGCCAGCAACAGAAAGUUUUAUAUUUAACAGUUUUUGCAUGUAAUUUCAUCACUAAAUCCACUUCUGCAAAGUUUUGAGGUGAGAAACCAACUGUGUAGAUUUCGAAUAUUGACAGUUUUACGAAAAGUGAUGGUGGAACAAAAAGAGAGACGAGGAGUUCCACAAGUGGCGGCGGGGGAAGCCUGCACCAACCGGGAGGAGCUCCUGAAGCCGGCCAGCCGCCCGCUCAUAGGGCCUGAUUUACUAAAGGUUUGCGUGAUGAGGGAUUAUGAUAGCAUGAUUUUUGUAUUACUCAGGGUAACCAAAAUUAUUGUGUUUUCUUAUAUUGAUCUCUGAUGUAUUUUAUAGGUAGAAGUUUAUAUGUUGGUUUAUCAUGUAUUAAACUAGACCUGAUGUGUGUGUUUUUUGGAGAGGUGCAGAACAGGGGGUCACUGCAUGAUCAGAUAAGGACACCCCUCACAAUGGGUGAGGGGUAGUUUGGAAUGUGGUACAAACAUCUCUUCUCCAAGAUAUCUCAUUUCAGGAACUACGCUCAUAAUCUGCCAAGCAACAGCAUGGCGAUUCGUGGAGUCAGAGGACAAACAUUGGGGUCAGAGGAUUUGGGCCAAUCAUGGACUGACCUACACUUUUGUUUUAUUGUUUUAUGACAUGAUGAUGUAUACUAAAACACUGGGUCAGGGAGAGAUAGCCAGUCAGACUUCAUGAACUGAUACAGCUUGUUGUUUGUCAGAGAAAGGAAGAUCGACCCAGAGCUCUAUUAGCUUUAUUCAUUUACUUGUAAUAAAACUGAUUAACUUGGACCAAAAACAUCUUCUCCUAUUGCUUCAUGAAAGAACACGCAG